AUGAUUACACCAGCAGUUACCCACAGUACUAUGAUAGCAGUUACCCACAGAAUUACGCCAGCAGUUACCCACAGAAUUACACCAGGAGUUACCCACAUAAUUACACCAGCAGUUACCCACACUAUAACACCAGCAGUUACCCACAGUACUAUGCCAGCAGUAACUCAAAGAAUUACACCAGCAGUUACCCACAGAAUUACACUAGCAGUUACCUCCAGUACUAUGCUAGCAGUUAACUUAAGUAUUACCCUAGCAAUUAUCCAUAAUAAUAUCCCAGCAGUUACAUUCAGUAGUACCCCAGCUGUUACAUUCAGUACUACCCCAGGAGUUACAUUCAGCACUACCCCAGCAGUUACAUUCAGUACUACCCCAGCAGUUACAUUCAGUACUACCCCAGCAGUUACAUUCAGUACUACCCCAGCAGUUACAUUCAGCACUACCCCAGCAGUUACAUUCAGCACUACCCCAGCAGUUACAUUCAGCACUACCCCAGCAGUUACAUUCAGCACUACCCCAGCAGUUACAUUCAGCACUACCCCAGCAGUUACAUUCAGCACUACCCCAGCAGUUACAUUCAGCAGUACCCCAGCAGUUACAUUCAGCACUACCCCAGCAGUUACAUUCAGCACUACCCCAGCAGUUACAUUCAGCACUACCCCAGCAGUUACAUUCAGCAGUACCCCAGCAGUUACAUUCAGUAGUACCCCAGCAGUUACAUUCAGUACUACCCCAGAAGUUACAUUCAGUACUACCCCAGCAGUUACAUUCAGUACUACCCCAGCAGUUACAUUCAGUACUACCCCAGCAGUUACAUUCAGUACUACCCCAGCAGUUACAUUCAGUACUACCCCAGCAGUUACAUUCAGUACUACCCCAGCAGUUACAUUCAGCGGUAUCCCAGCAGUUACAUUCAGUAGUAUCCCAGCAGUUACAUUCAGUACUACCCCAGCAGUUACAUUCAGUACCACCCCAGCAGUUACAUUCAGUACUACCCCAGCAGUUACAUUCAGUACUACCCCAGCAGUUACAUUCAGUACUACCCCAGCAGUUACAUUCAGUACUACCCCAGCAGUUACAUUCAGUAAUGCCCCAGCAGUUACAUUCAGUACUGCCCAAGCAGUUACAUUCAGUGGUAUCCCAGCAGUUACAUUCAGUACUACCCCAGCAGUUACAUUCAGUACUACCCCAGCAGUUACAUUCAGUACUACCCCAGCAGUUACAUUCAGUACUGCCCCAGCAGUUACAUUCAGUACUGCCCCAGCAGUUACAUUCAGUACUGCCCCAGCAGUUACAUUCAGUAAUGCCCCAGCAGUUACAUUCAGUACUACCCAAGCAGUUACAUUCAGUAGUACCCCAGCAGUUACAUUCAGUAGUACCCCAGCAGUUACAUUCAGUAGUACCCCAGCAGUUACAUUCAGUAGUACCCCAGCAGUUACAUUCAGUACUACCCCAGCAGUUACAUUCAGUAGUACCCCAGCAGUUACAUUCAGUACUACCCCAGCAGUUACAUGA